AUGAAAGAGAGUAAGAAGAGGAGUCAUGAAGAGAAUGAAGAGAAUACGAAUAAACGGCCCAGGCCCGGUGUACCCGAGUAUAAUUUCAACAAGUUUUGUUAUCGACACAACCCCGAUGUCCAAUCAUUAAGUACCACAGAUUGUAAGAUGAAGGAUCUUGAGAAGAUGGAUGAGAUAAAUAGCAAAGUGCAAAAGUUAGGAGAUGAGGAUAAAAAGAACGUACAAAGGAUAUUUGAAGUUUUCAAUAACGCUAACCCGACGAUCAGGAAAUUGAUUAUUGAUGGGAUAUUGAUGGAAAGCUGUUCCCCACAACUUUCGUAUAUCUCAUCACAGCUGGUGAAUUUGAUCAAGAUUGAUUUCAUUAGUGUGCUGCCCCGAGAGAUUUCGUUAAAGAUUUUGAGAUAUUUAGAUUGUCAAUCGCUUUGUAAUGCGGCGAUUGUAUCGAGAAGUUGGCAGCGAUUAGCAGAUGAUGAUUCGGUUUGGUAUCACAUGUGUGAACAACAUAUUGAUAAGAAAUGUCGAAAUUGUGGAUGGGGGUUACCUCUUUUGCAUAUGAAACGAGUACGAAUGUGUAAUGAAGUGUGUCAGGUGAAAGAUUUGAGCGGCGGGAUGAAAUGUACAACUGUUAACCCAUGGAAGAACGUUUACCGAGAGAGAUACAAAGUGGAGUCGAAUUGGAGGCGUGGGUGUUGUCAAAUACGAGAGUUCAAAGGUCAUAUGGAUGGUGUUUUGACGCUGCAGUUUAAUUACCGCUUAUUAUUUACCGGGUCGUAUGAUUCGACGAUUGCUAUAUGGGAUCUGUAUAGUGGUAAGUUGAUACGACGGUUGAAUGGUCAUUCUGACGGGAUCAAAACGUUAUAUUUCGAUGAAAACAAGUUGAUUACGGGGUCCUUAGACAAGACGAUACGGGUGUGGGACUACAAAGGUGGUAGGUGUAUCAGUACGUACAAGGGCCACAGCGAUAGUAUAUUGAGUGUGGACUGUUACAAGAAAUUGAUUGUGAGUGGGAGUGCGGAUUGCAGUGUAAAAGUAUGGCAUAUCGAAAGAAGGACGUGUUAUACGUUGAAAGGUCAUACGGAAUGGGUGAAUUGUGUCAAGUUGCAUCCAACAAGCUUUUCAUGUUUUAGUGCCAGCGAUGAUUGUACGAUACGAAUGUGGGAUUUACGAAGUAACAAGUGUUUGAAAGUUUUCAAAGGCCAUGUGGGCCAAGUCCAAAAAGUGAUACCGUUGAGUAUCAAAGAUAUCGAGGGGCUUGUAGUGGAUGACGAAGUGCAGUCCUCGGCAUCUGCACAAUCAACUGCAGAUGAGCCGUGUGACGACCCACUGGAUACUUCCAUACCGUACCCAACCCAUCUGCUGUCAUGCUCCUUAGACAAUACGAUCAAGCUAUGGGAUGUAUACACGGGGAAAUGCGUGCGCACCCAGUUUGGUCACGUGGAGGGUGUUUGGGAUAUAGCAGCUGACAAUUUCCGUAUAGUGAGUGGAUCACACGACGGAUGUGUCAAAGUGUGGGAUUUACAAUCGGGCAGGUGUACAAACAGUUUCCAAGGAACCCAGCGCGUGGAGGAGAGUAGUUCUACAGAGUCGCCACAGUCAGGCCCCGGCCCACACCCGCACGAGCCGCCGGCAAAAUUAGUGCCUAUUGCGUGUGUUGCGUUGGGUGAUUCUCAAUUUCUGAGUGGGGACGAGCUAGGCUGUGUGAAGUUGUAUAAUUUUGAUAUUUGA